AUGACGAAAACAGAAAAAGAUGAAGGGAGCCAUCCCCAAGGUGAUGUCGCGGCAGAAGUUGAUCCCGAGAAACGACCAAAUUCUUCAACCUUGACCGAUCCCGGGCAACCUGCACCCGAGUAUGAAUAUAUCACCGGCGUGAAGCUUUGGCUCGUGUUCAUAUCGGUCACUCUUACUGUCUUUCUCCUUAUGGUGGAUGAGAGCAUCAUCGUCACCGCCAUUCCACAAAUCACUAGUGACUUUCAUGCCUUGUCUGAUGUUGGAUGGUAUGGCAGUGCGUAUCUACUCUCAAUUUGUGUUCUUCAGCCGCUCACAGGAAAAAUAUACUCUCAAUUCAGCUCCAAGUACUCGUUCUUGUGCUUCCUAGCCGUGUUCGAACUAGGUUCGGUUCUAUGUGGCGCUGCCCGUUCUUCUACAAUGCUCAUAAUUGGCCGGGCAGUAGCCGGGAUGGGAGGAUCUGGUUUGACAAAUGGAGCAUUCACAAUUAUUGGAGCUUCUGUUCCUAUGGAGAAACGACCCGCAAUGCAGGGGAUUAUGAUAUCAAUAUCCCAGAGUGGUAUAGUCAUUGCUCCGAUGCUCGGGGGGGCCUUGGCGCAAUACUCAACCUGGAGAUGGUGCUUCUACCUCAACUUGCCAAUCGGUGGUGUGGCUGCACUCUUCCUCCUCCUAAUCAAGCUACCCGAUCGGAUUGAUCGUACCAAUAACGCUCCUCGUCUCACCAUUAUCGGUCUGGCAAAGAAACUCGACAUUACAGGAUUCCUAAUAUUCGCACCUGCAACAGUUAUGCUACUCAUGGCUCUUCAGUGGGGUGGGACGGAUUACCCAUGGAGCAGUGCGACAAUCAUCGGGCUCUUUUGUGGAGCGGGUGUUACAUUGAUACCUUUCGUAAUUUGGGAGUAUUAUGUGGGAGAGAACGCCAUGAUCCCCAUUUCAAUCGUCGGUCAUCGAGUGGUUUGGUCCGGUUGCAUUUAUGCGGGGCUCUUCCUUGGUGCAGUAAUGACGUUCACAUAUUACAUGCCGAUAUAUUUCCAAGCCGUAAGAGGUAUUUCUCCGUCGUUGAGUGGCGUAUACAUGCUACCAAGCAUCCUGAGCCAGAUGAUUGCCGCAGCCGUGUCAGGCGUUAUAGCUGGCAAGAUACACCAUUACUACCCUUUCAGCAUGGUCAGCGGGGUAUUUGUUGCUAUCGGCAGCGGCUUACUAUCAAUGCUAAGUCCAAGUACCCCAUCUUCCAAGUGGAUAGGCUACCAGAUACUGUUGGGUAUUGGACGUGGAUUUGGCAUUCAAAUGCCCAUCGUUGCGGUUCAAAAUAUUCUGCCGCCACAACAAAAUCCAAUUGGCAUUGCCCUUAUAGUCUUUUCCCAAACACUGGGUGGAUCAGUCUUCCUCGCUUUCGCCCAGACAAUCUUCAGUCAUAGUCUUAUAACCAAUUUGGCUAAAUAUGCACCAACAGUCAGUGCGCAUACCGUUCAGGAGGCUGGUGCAGCUGCAAUCCGUCAUGUGGUGGACCCACAAGACCUUCCUGGCGUACUGAAGGCUUAUCAGCAGGGUAUUAAUGAUAACUUUUAUUUGGUGGCAGCAGCUUCUGCCGCAACGUUCUUUCUAGCAUUUGCGAUGGGAUUGAAUAGGAUUAGCAAAAAAGAGGGUGGUGAGGUGGAGGAAUGA